AUGGCCAUGGCUGGCGGAGCUUCGGCCGAAGCUUUGAGGAAGCGAGCGCUGGCCGAGGCUCCGAGUCUAUCUCCCAAAGUGGAAGCUGUGAAGGAGCUCCAUGGAUUAGGCGUCCUCUCGCCGCCCGAUGUUUGCGUUUCUUACAUUCUCCUCACACUCAGUUUGCGGCAUGGAGAUCGUCUGCUCGCUGGCUGGCGACGCCCACAGAAAGAGUCGCAAGAUGUCCCACAGCAGCCUCCCCACUUCUCAGCGAGACUUUGCGAUGAGCGCGUGCAUGGACUUCUCGGGCAAGAUGUCCUGAGUGAGCGGUGUUUGGACAAAUUGGGCUUGACCAGAGACACGGCGACGCUGAAAGACUUUGCCUGCAAGGCCCGCUUUCACAGAAUCCCGGAUUACGUCUCAAUAUGCCUGGAAGAGUUCUACGCGGGUCGCCGGCCUUUGUGUUUGAUCUACAGAAUUCCUGAGCCUCAGGAGUUGCUGGCGAUGCAGGCAGAUGGUGCUCGCUGUGUCAGUGCACUCACAUCGAGGAGGCUGCUGUCCCAGAUUUAUGGCCAUCGGGACUGUUUAGACAUGUUGCUGCACGAUUUCGCUCACAUGGAAAAAUUUGUGGAAGCUGGCCGUUUUUGGCAGCAAGUGGGCUUCUUCGAGUUUUUGCACGGCACCGCAAGGGAAAGGCACAUGCAACACUGGCAGUCCUUUGGGAGGCGAUGGGAGCUGUCGUGGUUUUAUGUAUCCUCGGACAUGAAUGCAGUGGCCAACCACAUGUUUCUGACCCUUAAAGCACAGCUAAUGGUGGCAAUGGCUCGCAGCAUGCUGAUGCAAGCUGGCCGACUGGAUCAAGCUAUCGAUGACGCAGAGCAGGCAGAACUUGAGGCUGCCAAAUCUGAUGUGUACCCGAGGGCAAGCAUGUCCCGAUGGAAGCCGUUGCUGGAAGAUGCUGGGCUCCUGUCCCGGUUUGAGGAGCUUUUUGUCGAGGAAUGGCGCCAUGCCGGUGACAGUGCUGGAAAGCUGCGAUUCGGCGACCCACGAGGGCACAGCCCGCCUUUCGGCCGAUCCUUCUUCCACUCUCCCAGGUCCGGCGAUCUGGUGUUUUUCCCGUCCUGGCUCAGUCACAUGGCAACAGUGACAGCUCCACAGACAAACCCGACUUCUGGAGAAAGCCCACCAUUGCGUGUUGUGUUCUCCUUCAACAUAGGACCGGUCCAGGGCCCGAUGCCAUCAUCUGAGCAUUGCUCCGGUGACUGGUGGCUUGUCAUGAGUCUAGCAUCGUUGCUUCUGCUGCUGGCUCCACUGGCGCAGCUUGACCAACUUCAUGCCUGUAUCGAAGCUCUGCCCCAGUGUACUGCAGAGUUGUGGGCUACCAACCAACGCAGCGGCGCCACCAGCGAGGAGGAACUUAGCUUUGGCCUUUUGGGAAGCUGGAUGAAGGAGUUGUAUACACGGAAGGAGGAGCCUCGACUUGCAGACGAUGCGGCGUUGCGUGCUGCCACGUUGAGUCGGUUGAUUGCCUGGGCCGAGUACAGCUUGUCGCACGACUCGCGGUUCAAGUUUGCCAUUGGACUGGGCCAGAUGCUUUUUCUUUACUUUUGGUGGGGUGCGAGUUCUCCAGAGGCCGAGGGCCAGGAGGUUUCGAGUCGAGGCUUUGGACCCAGCACUGACAUAGCCGCCCUGUCCCUUCAGCUGCACAGAGCAAGUCUUCUGGAAGGAGGGUGCUCCUCGCCCAGCACAGGGCAAGAAGACUUUGAGCAGCGAAAGUGUUCCUGGCGCUGGAGGUUCGUUUUGCUUCUGCAAGUGGAGCUGAGCAAGCAGUUGGCUACUCAAAGAGACCUCCAUGGUGCUUUGAUGUAUUUGCGGCAGGCUGAAGCACAGCUUGAAAUCAUGCGACACCUUCCAUUCUUCGCUGGGCACCAGAGCCUUCUCCCUGGCGAAAGCCCUUACAGAGUCAAUCAUAACGAUGACUAUCUUCCACGCGCGAGGCACUGGCCAGUUUGGCCCCGUGAGGCUUGGCCCUCCUUUGCGCAUUUCCUGGAGCAGCAUGCCGAAGUUUUUCGAUCCGAGCUGCACCAGUUGGUCCUUGCCGACUCGGAGUAUGACGAGAUUUUUCGUACAGUCCAAGAGCAGCAGACUGAAUUCACGCCCCUCCCGAGGGAGUGGGGCUUGCUGGAUCUUGUGAGACAUGGCAAGGCCACGGCGGCUUGCCCAUAUGCUCCUCGCAGCUGUGGCCUGCUUGAAGCUCGUCCAGAGAUAAACUCGCACUGCUUCUCCGAGCGGAUGCCAAAUGCCGGCGUCGCCUUUGCGCGCCUGCUCCCAGGCACAGAGAUUAAGCCUCACUUCGCCACUGAACCUCGGCUUGCUGUUCACCUUGGACUCAUCACACCCCCUGGUCCAGAAAUGUGGGUGGCUAACGAAACAGUAAGCUGGUCGGAGGGACACGCAGUGGUUUUUGACGACACGUACUUUCACGGAGUACGCCACCGUGGGGACCAAGCUCGAUUCGUUCUGUUGGCCUGGAUGUGCCACCCGUGCGACCGCGUCUGGCGAAGCAAGGCCGGACUAGACCCGCAAGAGCCACCAAAGCACUGCACGUAA